CUAAGCCUUCUGUGAAACUACUAAUCUUCGUGUUCAAGUGUUUUCGCAGAUGUGUUUCUUCGUUGAUAAUUAUACAGUGAGGAAUAUAAACAAUAUGUGGAUGUUGUAAAACCCUCACUGGACCACUGGAUAGCUUCUUCGAUUGGUUUGCCACGACCAUGUGCCACGUCGAGACGUAUGCAGUUCUGAAGUCCUCGUCCUCGAGUUAUGACCAAGGGCUUACUUUGAUGUAUUCAGCAUCGUUGUGUGUGAUUGAGCCCAAGUGGAGUCCUAGCUUGAUGUGUCGUAUAAUUGGCUCCUUUAUCUGCAACUUGCUCUUGUGGUGAACGUCGUCGUCACUUCCACUUAUAUGCCUCUCUGGACAAUAACAGGACAGAGUGGUUACGAACUAAACAUAUUCACUGAAUAGGACUUUCUCGCUUCGUCUACGUUUUGGAUGAGGUCCUUUCGUCGACAGGAAUUCCAUUUAACUAUAAAGCGGUCUAACAUACGAAUGUACUAUUUGGCUUGCCACCUUCAGCGUGUUUGUUGUUAAUUGUAAGGUGUUAAUAAUUAUAUUAAUCUGUAUGUUAAGGCUGUUUAAAUUACUUUCCUAAGUUUUGUUUAAGUGAAUAAUUUUUUUAUAAAGUUUAGUUCAUGGCGCCCGAACAGGGACUUUUAGCGAGAAGGUGGCAAGUGUUGACGGUCAGGUAUAGCUCGUUGCGGGGGUUUCCAGUGGUCCAGUAAUUUUACUUAGUUGUUGUUAAACGCUAAUAUAAAUAGAUCGCGAAAUAUCGUGUCGUCUUGUGCGGUGAGGUAAUUGGCAUUUUGUAACGUGCUUGUUUGCAUUAUAGUUGUAGUUCGCCGAGAUUGUAGUUAUUUCUUACGUGUCUAUAAUAAUUUAGCACUUUUUUGUUUUCAUGUAUUAAGUUUUGGCGUACUUAUAUUUAGCACGUGUUUAAUUCGGUGUAUAUUGAAUGUAGCAGUUUGUUUGUUUAGCUCCAUUUACAGGUACCGCGUUCAGUUAGUUUUAUAUAUAGAUUUACGCGAUCUGUUUUUUGCUUUGGUAUAGGUAACUUUAUUCAGCUAGAUUAAAAUGUCAGAUUUAAAAGCUGUAAUUUCCAGGCGCAAAACGGUUCGUAAAAAAGUUACUGUUUGUUAUGAUAAACGUGAUAGUUACAGGGGUUUAGAUCCAGCCUUGCAAACGACCGAAAAGGGUCUUCUGCUUAACUACCAGAAGAGUUUAUUGGAAUUGGACAAAGAAUUUUUUGAAUUGAAGUUUUCAGAUGACGGGGUAACAGAGGCGGCUUUAGAUGCCGAGAGUGAUUUAUGUCAGGAAUACCAGGAUAGAAUCCAGACUUGCUUGUCUUUGCUGCCUGCUUCUCUCUCUAAUCAUUCUAAUGUUAGCAUUGAUAAUGCUCGUUCUUUGUUAAAGCAGCCCACUGCUCCUUUACCCAGGUUUACCAGUAAAGAAAACGAGGACUUCACGUCAUUUCUUAAGGAAUUCCGAAGUACCACUAGUUCCUUUACAUACCCAGAUCGUGAUCUUUUGUUGUUGCUCAAGCAGCAAGUAGACGGUCGUGCUAAAUUGUUGUUAGAUUCUUUAGAGGCGGACAAGCAAACCUUUAAUGAUGCAGUAGAGCUUUUGAAGGCAGCAUUUGCUUCGGAAAGCACUCGUAAGGUAAACACUAUCAGGCAGUUGACAGAACUUAAGUUAGGGCUUUCAGAUGAUCCAUAUUCAUAUAUUUCAAAAUUCAGAACUAUACUUCAGUCUGUUAGUACACUAGAAAUAACGGCAGAUGAUUUUAUACAGUACUUUGCAUGGUCAGGCCUUAAUGAACAAUUUAAGAAAGAGUUGGUUCAGAUUACCAAUCAAACUCGUCCUAGCUGUAAGGAUAUUAAGGAUAACUUCUUUACUGCCACUGAAAGGUAUGAGAAUGCUAGGAAAAUUUCAAAGUUUAAAGGUCCUGCUAUUUCUGGAAAUAUUCAAGGGAAGAAUCAGGAUACUUCAACUAGUUUGGCUAUCAAAGUCGACUCUAAUAUUAACAAUGCAUUAAAAAGCUGCAGCUUAUGCCAAAAGGUAGAUUCAAAGGAUAUUAAUCACUUUAUGUCCAAAUGUCCAAUUUCCCUACUGCACAGGAGAAAGUAUCUAAAUUGUCAGAGUGUAAGUGGCUGUGUAAAAUGUGGAAGUUUUAUGCACCCGACUACUAAAUGUUCGUUCAGGUUUCGCAAAAAGUGCUAUCAUUGUGGCGGUUGGCAUUUCUCCUUUUUAUGCAUAAAGACAAGCUCCACCCAAAGUAAAAAGGAGCAGUCUAGUUCUGUUACAGUUAAAACAGCGACGAACAGUGGAGUAGCAAUACUACCUAAUUGUAGUAGUAGAUCUGCUCUUCCAACUUUUACUUUCCAAGUUUCAGGUCAAGGGAGAUUAUUCAGAGGGCUCAAAGAUACCGGUUCACAAAGCACUUUUGUAUCGGAGAGACUAGCCAAUUUUGGUAAAUUUAAAGUUAUAUGCAAUGAUGUUGACUCGACAGUUAAUGGGUUUAAUGGGCCCAAGGUCUAUAAAACUAGAAUAGUACAGUUGCCUAUUACUUUUACCACUGGUGUAGUUGAGGUGUUUGCUAUGGUUGUGCCUUCAAUAAAUAUAAAGUUGUCCUUACCUGGUUUAGGGAAGGUUAUUAAAGCCUUUAAAGAUAAAGGUUAUUUCUUUGCUGAUGCCUUUUUAGACAAAAAUCUAGUGAAAUUAGUGACAUUGAUGUCUUGUUAG